AUGUGUCGGACUUAUGAUGCAUUAAUGUUAUCGACAGAAGCAACUGUUUCAAUCUGUGGCAUUGUUAAUAGUGUACCAGAAGGCAAAAGUGCACCAGGAAAUCAAGAAAUGAUAGCUGAUUAUUGGGAAGUUAUUGGACAUUCACCAUCUGGUGGAGCUGAUUCUGUAUUAAACGAAGUAGGUUCGAACAAUAUUAAAAGAAAGAUAUUUUUAUAUAAAAACAAGACAAUAGCUUACAGAUUGUUUCUAUUUUUAUAAGGAAUCGCAUAUUGAUGUGCAAUUGGACAAUCGACAUAUGAUGAUUAGAGGAGAAAACGUGAGUAAAAAUGUUUUUGAUUGUUAUCAAUAAGACAAAUGCAAUAUGUUUACUGUACAAUUAUACUAUAUACUAGCGAGAACCCAUGCAUGCUGCAUGGCCGUUUUUUCGCCAUCCAAUUCCGGAGUUUCCCAGUAGCGAGGACAUUAUGGAAAAUGCACUUACGGCCUUUAUCGCCACUCUCUGAACAUAAAUCAUUGUAUAAUUUUUACUUUAUUUGCAGCUCUAGAAACUUCUGGCAUUGACUGACUCCGAUCCAUGACCUUUGGCAUCCAUGACCUUUCGGUAUGUGUGCCCGCAGGCUCCGUGCAAAAGUGCACAGCUGUCUCUAUCGCAAACUGCAUAAGUGUAAGACUAUGGCGCCAUCUAGCCGUAUGCGUCAUUCUGACUGUAGUGUCCUCUGUCAACAUUAUAUCACGCAGUCAUGCUGUAUCCACUAUAAAUCACAUUUUUGCAUUGACUGUGACCCCAUCUACCCAGAACUGGAUAGUUUGGCCUGUACCGCCAUCUAUCAAACGUGCGCUGUCGGGAUAGUAGCAUCCUAUGUGAUCACUAUCACACGCACACUAUGUGGUGCCAUCUGUUAGUGGAGCUAGUCCAUGCGUUCAUUGUUGCACCACCUAUUGAUUCCGUGAUAUCGACGGUGGUGCCCUGUAUCAAUUCUAAGCACUUGGUGCCGUCAUAUAGCGCCCUCUAGUCAUCAGCGUAUAUAGCUGACCUUUGAUCUUUGACCCGAGCACACACACACACACACACACACACUGAACAUUAUAUAUAUAGAUGAACGGUGUCGCACAAGGAAAAUUUAUUAAUAACGAGCUAGAAGAGUCGUAAGACAAUUGACACUGUUAUGAUCUGCCAUUCCUGGCAGCUCAUAAGACUGUGUUUUCUUCUUCUUCUCUAUUAUUGCGCAACUCUUGUUUCAUUCUUUCGUUUUCGUUUCUUUCUGUUAUUGCGCAAUUCUUGCUUCAUAAUGGGAUUUUCCUAAACUAUUUCUGUUCUUAUGUAACUCAUGCGCAACUCUUGCAUAACUGUUGUUCAACUUGUGUACUAUAUAUAGCCGUUCACUUUCUUAAAUAAAGAUGAGAAGUGAGUGAGUAGAACCUCACAGACACCAGAGCGGAAACCGCACCGGCAAACCUCUUCUUCUAAUUAGUGUUGUAGGUAGUUGUUUUAAAAGUAUUCAGGAUUACACUGCUCAGUAACAGGGAAAAUACUGCAGUUGGAGUAUGAGUCAUUCUCCUUUGAUUUAGAAAAAGAACACGUAAAAAGUAAAUGUGUGUUUUUUGUUAUUAUACGUGCAUAAAGUUCCGAAAUAGUCUUCAUGUUUGUACUGUAAAUAUUGUAAAAAAUGAUAAAUACUAAUUCUUCUUUCAUGUUGAUCUAAAAGAAAGAGUUUAGAAAAAUAAUUUAUUUUACCAAAUUUGUCGAUAUUCAGUUCAUCGGAAUCGACAUAUAUCUUGAAACUUGAAGUGUCGAUAAACGUCUUUUUACUGAACAAAACUCGAACAUAAAUAAUUCGAAGGUAGCUAAUAAUUUAGAAACUAUCGAGUAUAAAACUGCUUCGAAUAUCAUUAUAGAUUUUAUAUAAAAGUCCGUGUAUUGGUUUAUUCGAGAUUUCGAUAAGAUACACUUAUUAUCUUCAAGGGCCUGUUUCUUAAAAAAACUUAAGUAGAAAAUCUGACUUAAGUCAAAAAAGACAAAGACUU